UUCUGGUAGAUUCUGCUGUUUUUUAUGAAGCACUGCUGCUAGAAGAUUCUACUGCUAAUUCUGAAGAGCAAAUGGUAUCACACUGCGCAAACGGCCCCGUGGAAGCAACCACGCAUGGAACUAGCAUUUCACAUGAAUCCAGCUCAGAUGUGCCUAGCUGUGCUGAUGUUCCAAAUUUGACAACUGGCACCAUGGUUAAGUCUGUUGAUAUAGAGGACCUAAGGGAUGGCCAGGACCACAUGGAAAACGACGAAAUUGUGCCCCCGGUCCCUCAGCGAAACAAUGCAUCAUUUCAGAAAAUGUUUAUGAGGAGCUUGUCGAGUAAACUCCGGUGGUCAAAGAAGCAGAUGAGUUCACAUCAGGCCAUGCCUGCUGGAUCAGAGGAUGCAGAAAACACUGGAUAUCAACUUGUUUCUUCAUCAGUCGAUCUGGAGCAUGACUGGGAGGUCUUGUAAAACUGCAAGAAGCUGCUCCAUGUCUCUGGUUCCAGGGGAAAGCAUAUGUAAAUUACAAAUCUCCUUACUGAGGCUGUGUCUAGCUGCUGCAUAUAAUAUUAUAGAAGGAUGAGAACGUGAGGUGUUUGCAUCUCUACGUCUCUACACAUCCACCGGCAUAACUGUAAAUUCUACUUGAGGCUGUCUGUUCAAAUUUUCUCUUACUGACCUGAAGUGCAUGCAGCACACUUGAUUUU